AUGGCGAUUCAUGCGGUGGGCUGUCGUGUGGUGCGAAUGAACGUUGGUGAAAUGACUACACAGCUGGCGGUUGGUCUCGGCUCUAUGGGAGACUUGUUGGAGAUCAUCACUGAUGAUGUACCUGGUAAAGUAGCCCUGGGCGCAACUCAGAGUUUGGCUACGGCAUUCAGAGAGCUCACUACCACGUUGAAGGAAAGUGUUGCGGAGGCACGGCCUAUCAUCCGUGAUAUGGAGCCUGGCCAACUUCAUGAUCAGCUGCUGUAUCCUGAUGUCACGGUGAUAAUACGACCUGAGAGGAAGAUGAGCGCCCUAACCACCGACACGCCGACCUCUAUACUUGGCAACGGUGGCCUAGGAGCCCCGGUCUGCGUAUCUGAUAUCGUGCUCGACGAAGUUGACAGCGGAGAUGAGUUGGAGUUUUGUGCCGCUCUAGAUGACAAGAUCAACGAGCUGGAAUAUACACUACAGUGCGAGAGAUCGCGACUCCAACAGUUGAGUUCUGAACGUCAGAAGAAGGAAGCAUUUCAGACUGGCCCUCCAAAACGACUAACUCUACCGAAAGCGAUGUGCUGUCCUGAGCCGAUCGAACGCCCUGCGUCCGCUCGAUCCGACACGGAGUCGGAAGCCUUCGACUCAGUCUUGUCCGGAGGCGAGCUGAGGGAUCGCUGGAAUUCCCUCUGUUGUGUACGAGGAAGUACUGCGACUGUCUUGAGGGACUCCUCAGCUGACGACACCCACUUGAGCGAGAUGACAGACCUCAUCGAGCUGCAUCGAACCAAAGACCAGCGAGCAUAUGAGCGCAGACAAGCAUUCUUCUGGCCGAAGUCGAAGCGGCGUUUUGGUCGUGGUGUGGAGGCCAGUCGGGAGGUGAUGAUAUCAGAGCCUGAAUCCUCUAUUAUUAGCGGUGACUCGGGCCUCUCGAGGAGAAGGGCUGAUCGGCAACCGGCGAAGUCGAGAAUUCGAAAGCCUUCUCGAAUCCGUAUAGUUGGUUACGGCGGCUUCAUACCUGGUCGUGUGGCUGAGAAUCUUUAUGGUCACACGCACUCGGAAGAAAAUCUUCGGGCGACACAGGUAGCACGAGGUCCGCCCCUCACCCGAAUGUCGUUUGGCGAGAGUGAAGGUAAAACUCGCAUUUCUGGAACGCCUCUGGCAGGUGGGCGUUUCUCUCCAAGCAAUGCUUCUGUUACUACUGCCGAUGCUCGUAAUGUCGACUACGCCUCGGUCCAGCAGUUGGUGCAGAUCGACAAAGUCUUCCCUCUCGAUAAUGGGAGAACCGGUUUAUGUGGCAGCAUGACCUUGACGGAUGUUAAGUCCCUCCUACCUCAAGAUGAGGAGGACUGCAGGAGUCGAGUUCUCUUGGUCAAACGCUGUCAUAAACUUGGUUUAUCAUCGAGCGUCUUGCUCAAGGAUUAUUUUGAUAAACUGGUCGGUAAAAAGGAUGCGGUAGAGAUGGUUCUCAUGUUGCCAUUGAAGUCUCGCUACAAUGCCAGAAACUCCAAGCCCUUACCGCCCAAGACGGGUUUUGUCGUCUUCACAGACCCCACUGAUGCAUUGAUUGCCCGUGCUUAUGGCAGCGUCCAGCGUGUCUUACGGGACGUCGAAAUCAAGGUCGAGACUUAUGACCGUGUAUGA